AUGAUCAAACGGCAGAAGCUCGAUUCGCCGGAGCCCACGGGCCGGGUGCGUCAGGUGUCGAAGGUUUUCAGUCCUUUUCGAACACUAGGUAUUGUGACGAAUAGCGUUCCCUUUUCGGUCACCUCGUUGGGCCAGUCUUUUGUCGUUACAACCGUGGUCGGCCGGUCCUUCCAGGUUUACGAUGCGUCCAGUUUACAUUUGCUGUUUGUUUCGCAGCCUCAGACAGAGUCUCCCAUUCAAUGCGUGCAUUCGCAUUCCCACCACACGUUUGCUGCGUGGGGAUCAACGCUGGGCCUAUACAAACGGGCCCGACUGGUCACCAAGCUCGACGUGCCCAACUCGGAGGUCAUUUUGAAGAUCCAUGUUUUUGGUGAUUUCGUCUGCCUGGCUACCGCUUCUGAAAUUUAUAUUUACAAAUGGGAUCUCAAGGAGGAUAUGCAGCUGUACACCACGUUGAAAAUGCCCGCUGCGUUGGGAAAAGUCGUUGAUCUGGUGCACAUGCCCACUUACCUGAACAAGAUUGUCGUUGCCACGGAAAGCGCCGUCAGUUUGUUCAACGUGAAAACAGGAAAGCUCCUUUAUACUUUUGAAGAUGUUCCUGAAGGCAUAGCCUUUGUUGAACCAGCCCCCGUUGCACUAGAUGUCUUGGCCGUGGUCACUAGAGCCGGCACGAUUUCCAUGUUCAACUUGCGCACAACAAAGACGGUUCUGACGCUGCGUAUUGGAGAGCCGGUUACAUCCCUGUCGUUCAGAACUGACAAUCCUAGUAUGAUGGGAAUUGGAUCUACUAAUGGUGAUCUCUUUUUCUACGAUCUCACCCUGCGUCGCCGUGUGCACUCCGUGCGAGGCCUCCACUCCGAGCCCGUAUCAAAACUCCAAUUCCUUGCAGGUCAGCCUAUUGUUAUUAGUACGGCAGGUGACAACUCUCUAGUUGAAAUGGUGUUUGACCCAUCACUGGCUAAUUCCAACUCUGCCAUUUCGACUCCGCCUAGAAUCCUUCGUCGACGGGGUGGUCACUCCAAGAAUCCUACAGUGCUCAGCUUUACCGAUGAAGAAUCCCAUUUUAUUUUGUCUGCUGGCCUUGAUCAGGACCUCUGGUCAUUCUCGUUACGCAAAGACAGUCAGAGUCACCUGUUCAGUCAACGUGCCACAUCUAAGAAACUCAAAACUAUGUCUAAAAUGGGCCAGGAGCUGGACAAGUUCCCCCAAAUUAUCGACUUGGCAUUUCAGGCUGCCAAACAGCGAGAAUGGGACAACAUUUUGACUGCUCACAAAGGUGAGUCGUUUGCUAGAUCAUGGAACGGCAAACGCGGUAUUGUUGGGGCUCACCAUUUGGCCACUCUAGACAAGAGCUUUGCCAAGUCGGUAGGUAUUUCGCCUUGUGGGAAUUUCGCUUUUGUUGGCUCGGCUAAAGGCUCUGUUGCCGUCUACAAUAUUCAAAGCGGCUUGAUUCGCAAACGCCUACUCAAAGCACAUAGCCAAGAGGUCACAGGUGUAUUUUGCGAUGCUACAAACUCUGUCAUUAUCACCUCUUCGCUCGACGGUACCGUCAAAUUCCACGACUUCCACGCUGAAAGGCAGCUGGCUUGCCUUGACUUGGACGCCGGUGUUACGGCGCUUCGAUACCAUGCAAAUUCAGGGCUUGUUGCCGCUGUAGUUGAUUCUAUGGCUAUUAUUGUCAUUGAUAUUCGUACACAAAAGGUUGUUCGCCAGUUGUGGGGGCACGGCAAUCGCAUCACUACUCUUGACUUCACUCCCGACGGUCGGUGGAUCAUCAGUGCUGCCCUCGAUAAAACUAUUCGCACGUGGGAUAUUCCCACUGGUGGCUGCAUCGAUGCAGUGCGGGUAAGUUCACCUGCCGUUGCUUUGCGAGUCAGUCCCACAAUGGAAUGGCUCGCUACGGCACACGUGAAUGGCGUGGGCAUUCAGCUUUGGGCAAUGCGCUCUCAGUUCCACACCAUUUCAACAAGACAUAUCUCUGAAUCAGAUGUAAAGGACAUUGUUAUGCCCAACUCAGCUGGUGAAGGAGGAGUUUCCAUUAUUGACGGUGCAUUAGACGGGGAGGAGGACGAGAUUGACAUAGAUCUCGAGCACUACGACCCCCCUGCCCAGAUCAGUUCCAAGCUUGAAACCUAUAGCCACCAGCCGCAAGUCAAAUUCACAACUUUGGUUCAUUUGGAUGCUAUUCGGCAGCGCAACAAGCCUGUUGAGGCUCCCAAAGCACCUGAAAAAACAUCAUUUUUCCUAGGCGUUCCCAAGGAAGUUGAAGAAGAACAGAUGCAGGAAGUCGAGCUUAGUGGCCCCACCAAUGGUGUACACGAGUCUGAUUUUACAAGAAUGCUACGCACGGGUGAGCUAGAAGCUCUCGUUGAGCAUCUCGCCAAGCUGGGCCCCGCGGCUACAGAUUUAGAGCUUCGUUCGUUGGACACUCGCGCACCUUAUGAUGAGUUCGUCGCUUUCAUGGAUGCAAUGACUGGAGAACUGGAGCAUCGUCGCAACUUCGAACUUGUGCAAGCUUGGGUCAAUAUGUUGCUCCGCAUCCACGGUGACAUCUUUGCUGCGCCGUCUCCUGAGCUUGAAGCUAGUUUCGAGAAAUGGCGAGUAGUACAGAGCAGUGAAGUUGCCCGUAUACAAGACAAUACUCGUUUCUGUUCAGGUGUGAUGGCAUACCUAAGGAAUCUAUAA